AAUAAUUAUAAUUUUAUGAAAACUCAAAAAACGGAACUUGUUCUUAUAUUGCUAUUGUGCACUAUAAAUUGUGUUAAUAUUAGUAGAUAGGAUGGAGUGGAAGAACUGAAAGUAAAUAGAUAAUAAUGAAAUAGAUAAGAAAACAAGUUGGGGUAAGAUUGCAUGGAGUUUAAGUUAAUUAGCCUUUUCAGGUGACUCAGCUUUAAAAGAAUUAGCUGAUGUUUUAAAUUCAGUGGUAUAGAUAUAGUUAUUAAAAUUUAUUAGACAGAAUAAGUAAAGGAUUUGAAACAUGAUCAUGAAUUUGCUAGUGAUAAAGCAAUUGAUGUUUAUUUUAGCAAAAAUGAAAAAUUAGAUUUAGGAAUAGAUGAAACAGUUACAUUUAUUGCAAGAAAUAUAGAUUAUUUAGAUUCUCAGAUGCACGAUUACAUUUUGAAUAUUAAUAAAAGAUUGGAAAAUUUAGAUUAGAAUGUAAAAGAAAAUAGAAAACAAUUAGAAUAUUUGACAUUCACAAGAUAAAAGCAAAAUGAAAAGUUUUUAGACACUUGUAAUCAAUAUAUUGAUUCUAGUAUCAUAAUAUGAACAUAUGGUUGCACAAGUCGAUAUGUGUAUAGCUUUACUUUAAGGGAUUUUUGCAAAUGAAUAAUUUAUUUAAGUCGAUAGAAUUAAAAUUAUUACAAGAAAAAUAUUUGCUGCUACUAUGUUAAUAGGUGGAAUAGAUAUGAAAGAAUUAUUAGAAACAACAGAAUCAGCUAAUUAUACAGAUACAAGAGUUCAAAAAUAUGUAUAAUAUAAAUUCAUUAUUAAUUUUAGAUUCUAGAAGCUUUUAAUAAUUUAAGAAAACAAUUUGUUGAUCAUAAAAAUUCAGAUAUCGCAUAUGAUGCUGAAUAAUAAAAAGAAUAUGAAGAUUAAAAGCAUUAAUUAGAUGGGGAACUUUUAAUUUUCAAGAGGGAUAUUGCAGAAUUGAUAUAUAAUUUAUCAGUUGCAGAAGAGAAAAUAAGAUAAAUUAAAGAUGAUAUUGAAUCAAAUAAAAAAGAUUAAUAGUUUUAUAAAAAGGAAAAAGAAUAUAUCAAUAAUGGAAAUUAGAUUGAAGAAAAAUGGAAAGCUAAAUUAACUCAAGAAUAUAAUAAUCAAUUAUUAUCAAUUGAGAAAGCAAUGAAUUUAAUAAGCUAACCUGAUUUUUGGGCAAGAAAUGAUUAGAUAAAGUUAAAUUAUUGAAAAAUUCAUAUAGAUAUCAAAUAUAAACAUUUAAUUUUUCACUAAUAAUAUGGUUUUAAUUUUA